AUUGUGGCGAUACUGAGGCUUAGAGUUUAGGAGACGAGUCCGUCAGUCUGGCUGGCUGCGGACUGUCGGAAAGAGGAGGGGCGGGAGAUUGGCUGCCGCGAGCGGCGUCUGCCCAACGCACCGCCGACCUAGAUCGUCUAUCCGCCUGCCCUGCCCGGCAAGAUCCGUGCUCUACCUCCGGAGCGCCGCAGACGCAACACCGCGGCCUCGCGCGAGGGGCGGCCGGGGCGGGCGCGAGGCGCUGCCGCAGCGCGAGGCUUGUAAACAGAUCGGGCCGCACGUGACCAUGUGAACUACCUGCUUCGGGGACACGUAUUGUCUUUCACGCGAGCCGCGCACAAAGGAGCGCGGCGGAUCUGUGUGCCGAGGGGCAGGCGAGCGAGCAGGGAGAGCCCGCGGGUGCGCUAAAAUGGCUGAAGGCGCCCGGCAACGGUGAGCAGGGGGCGCGGCGCAGCCAGCCGGUGAGUCUCGGGCGGGCAGGCCAGCGGCGCCUCCCCCGCGGCCUGGAGCCAGAGCCACCAUGUCGUUCGCGCUAGAAGAGACGCUCGAGUCGGACUGGGUCGCCGUGCGGCCCCAUGUGUUCGACGAACGCGAGAAGCACAAGUUCGUCUUUAUUGUGGCCUGGAACGAGAUCGAGGGCAAGUUUGCAAUAACCUGCCACAAUCGGACGGCCCAGCGUCAGAGGAGUGGCUCCCGGGAGCAGGCGGGGGCACGAGGGAGCACUGAGCCCGGCGCACCCGCGUCGGAAGGGACCCGCGGGCCGGGCAGCCCGGCGGCCAAGGGCCGGUCCGAGGCCACUGCCUCUUCGACUCUGGGGAGGAGUCCCGGGCCCCGGAGGAGCCCGGCCUGGGCGGAAGGCGGCUCUCCGCGGAGCACGCGCUGCCUUAGGGGGGACCCGCUGCUGAGGAGUCCGGUCAGUAAAGGGGCGGAGAGUCCUCUUCGGAGCCCUGGGCGGGCCAAGUCCAGCCCGGUCCGGAAAGGAGCUGAGGGCAAAGAUGUGGCGGGGGCCACCGCUGCAGCUGCCCCACCGGCACCCCGGGAGGAGGCCCCGGUGUCCUCGGUGCGGGUAGUGAGCGCCUGCGGAGCGCUCUCGGAAGAGAUCGAGGUGCUGGAAUUGGUGAAGGAUGAAGCGGCGGCUCCGGCAGCCCCGGCUCUCCCUGACGCGGAGCAGCCUCCGCCUGCCACGGAGCUGGAAUCCCCGGCGGAGGAGUGCAGCUGGGCCGGACUCUUCUCCUUCCAGGAUCUGCGCGCUGUGCACCAGCAGCUGUGCUCGGUGAACUCGCAGCUGGAACCGUGCCUGCCGGUGUUCCCCGAGGAGCCCUCGGGCAUGUGGACCGUGUUGUUUGGGGGCGCCCCGGAGAUGACGGAGCAGGAGAUCGACACUCUGUGUUACCAGCUCCAGGUCUACCUGGGCCACGGCCUGGACACCUGCGGCUGGAAGAUCCUCUCCCAGGUACUUUUCACCGAGACUGACGACCCCGAGGAGUAUUACGAAAGUCUUAGCGAGCUGCGACAGAAGGGCUACGAAGAAGUACUUCAGCGGGCCAGGAAACGCAUCCAGGAGCUCUUGGAUAAGCACAAGAAUACAGAGAGCAUGGUGGAGCUCCUGGACUUAUAUCAGAUGGAGGAUGAAGCAUACAGCAGUCUUGCAGAAGCCACAACUGAACUCUAUCAGUAUUUAUUACAGCCAUUCCGAGACAUGAGAGAACUUGCCAUGCUAAGAAGACAGCAAAUCAAGAUUUCCAUGGAGAAUGAUUACCUGGGUCCCCGAAGAAUUGAAAGUCUUCAAAAAGAAGAUGCUGAUUGGCAGCGGAAAGCUCACAUGGCUGUGCUGUCUAUUCAAGAUCUUACUGUCAAAUAUUUUGAAAUAACUGCUAAAGCUCAAAAAGCUGUGUACGAUCGAAUGAGAGCAGAUCAGAAGAAAUUUGGUAAAGCAUCAUGGGCAGCAGCUGCUGAACGUAUGGAAAAACUCCAGUAUGCUGUUUCUAAGGAGACUCUGCAAAUGAUGAGAGCCAAAGAGAUAUGUUUGGAACAGAGGAAACAUGCAUUAAAAGAGGAGAUGCAGAGUUUACAGGGUGGUACAGAAGCCAUAGCCCGAUUAGAUCAGUUAGAAGCUGAUUAUUAUGAUCUGCAACUUCAGUUGUAUGAAGUACAGUUUGAGAUCUUGAAGUGUGAAGAAUUACUAUUGACAGCACAACUGGAAAGCAUCAAAAGACUCAUAUCAGAAAAGAGAGAUGAAGUGGUAUACUAUGAUACUUAUGAAAGCAUGGAAGCCAUGCUGGAGAAGGAGGAGAUGGCAGCAUCUGUGCAUUUACAAAGAGAGGAGCUACAGAAACUUCAGCAGAAGGCACGCCAACUAGAAGCAAGACGUGGACGGGUUUCAGCCAAGAAAGCCUACCUCAGAAAUAAAAAGGAAAUUUGUAUCGCAAAACACAACGAGAAAUUCCAGCAGCGACUUCGGAGUGAAGAUGAAUAUAGAACCCACCACACAAUACAACUAAAAAGAGAAAAAUUACAUGAUGAAGAAGAAAAAAAAAGUGCCUGGGUUAGCCAAGAAAGACAGAGAACAUUGGAUAGACUUCGAACUUUUAAACAGAGGUACCCUGGCCAAGUUAUUCUGAAAUCAACCAGACUGCGACUGGCUCAUGCAAGAAGAAGAAGUGCAGCCAGUCCUGUGCCCUGUGAGAACCAGUGUGAUUCUCUACCAGGAGCUGUACAGGUAGAAGAGAAAAGUGAAGAGGCAGAGGAAGAAAAAGGCAAGCUUGGGUCAUCACAGGUAACAGAUGCCCAAGUCCUCACACAACCUGAUACUUCAUUAGCACAACUUGAAGCCACUUCAUUACCUCUCAGUGGUGUUACCUCUGAAUUGCCUCCCACUGUAUCUCUUCCACUUAUGAAUAAUAUUGAACUUGAACCAGGUUCUAUGACCAUAGAUCCACUCCCAUCACCUACUCCUCCAACACCACCUCCUCCACCGCCUCCUCCUCCCCCUCCCCCACCACCACCACCGCUGCCUGUUGGUAAGGACAGUACCCCAGAGACACUGGAGAAAGGUCUUCCAAGAAUGGAGGGGAAUGAGAAGAGGAUCCCAAAGUCUGCAAGUGCCCCCUCGGCACAUCUCUUUGACAGCAGUCAGCUGGUCAGUGCAAGGAAGAAGCUCAAAAAGACUGCUGAAGGUUUACAGAGAAGGAGAGUGAGCUCACCCAUGGAUGAGGUGCUAGCUUCCUUGAAGCGUGGUAGUUUUCAUCUGAAAAAGGUUGAACAGCGAACUCUGCCUCCUUUUCCUGAUGAAGAUGACAGUAAUAAUAUUUUGGCACAAAUAAGGAAAGGGGUAAAAUUGAAGAAGGUACAGAAGGAAGUUUUGAGAGAAUCCUUCACACUUCUACCUGACACAGACCCUCUAACACGGAGCAUCCAUGAGGCUCUUAGAAGAAUCAAAGAAGCAUCCCCCGAGUCAGAGGAUGAAGAAGAGGCUUUGCCUUGCACAGACUGGGAAAACUAACAAGUGACUUAACAGAAAGAAGAAAAAAUACCUGCAGUUGAAGAUUGGUUCUUAUUCUUUUGGAAAACAAAAUUUUAAUCAUUUGGUUUCACAAUUGGAUUAGAUCCAAAAUGGCCUCAGUGGUGUGAAAAAAAAAGAAGCACAAUUGGCAAGUUAAUACUUUUCCAGUCAUUCCAAUAGAUUGUGGUUAAGUUUUAGACGUGCAAUGUUCCUGACUGCUAUGAAGAAAAUACCUUCUGGAGAUUCCUGGUUGUUUAAGCACCUUCCUAUCCUGUCCACCCAUUUACAUGUUUUUAGUGGCCAGUUAAGAUAGGGGUUACUAUGAAUUGGAAAAACAUUUGGUUGACAGAGAUCUACUGUGUGCUGUAUUGGGACAGCUUUGAAAUCCAUCUUUCAGUGCACUGAAUAAUGAUCUGCUUGAAAAUAUAUAACUUCUUCCCUAUCGGCUUAUAUAAACAAUGUGACACUCUGAAAGAGAAGUUUAUUAUGCUAGCUGUAGGACAGGAAUUAAAAUCAGAUGGAAAUGCACUGAAAAUUUCCAUAUUACUCAUCUCCAAAGGAAUUUUCAUAAAGAUGUUGAACAUCUGAAAAGAUACAUAACAUGGAGAUAUACCUAUGAAUGUGUUUACCACAAGAUGAUAACAUUUAACAAGGCAUAUUUUUAGAAGACCACACACACUUAUUCUUUGUAAGGUUUCAAAGUAAAAAUUUCCAUGCUUUUAAAUAGCUCUUCAUAAUUGUGAAUUUAUAAUCGUUUGAAUUUCAUGUGCAGCUUUGUUUUAUGGAAAGCAAUAUUUUGUAAUUUGAUAUUUCAAAUUAUUUUUAGCCUUUUGUUUGAAUUACUGCUUGAUUACUAUUAACUCCACAUGACUUUCCUAUUGAGAAUCAAAAAUCAAGAUUCAGUAAUAGGGAUGCAUAAGUCUUUCUAUCAUGUACCACUUAAGUUUUUAUUUUUAUGCUCCACAGUGGAAAAAAAAAAGUGUGCCCUACGAAUAUGCAGAAAAGUAGAAAAGUCCUUUGUUGACAUUUCACCAUCUUCAUACGCUUUAAGUAGAACUUUGGGGGAGAGCCUUUGUUACUGCCACUGAAGUUUUAAUCAUAUGUUUAUAUCUCUUAAGUGCUGAAAAGGAGUCCUGAAGGAUGCAUUUAUAUGAAUAGAGCUGUUAGGAAUUCUCACCAAGAUUGCUGUUGGUCUGAAUGAAAACAGAUAUACUGGGCCCAGUUUACAGUACUUUGUAGAGUGUAAUUCUGCCUAAGACAGAUAACUGACUUUAUAUGAAGGGAGCUCUGGACUGAAGUACCAAAAGAGCUUUUUAUCUCUUCUGAGGCAAUUUUCUGAUUUAGAAUCAGAAAGCAGUCCCAUGAUAAAGUCCUCCAUGUAUAUGAAUUGGUGUUCCUGGAGAAAAAGAAAUGUUCAAACCUUUGUCACUUUAAAAUGUCACUGCCUUUAACUAUGGGUGAAAAUUUUCUUGGAAUAGAUUAUAUAAAACAAUUUUUCUGCUUAAAUGUUGGUAGUAUGCUUAUUGAUGGGACUAGGAGUUUUUGCACAGCUUUUUCACAAUACAUUGGUUUUAUUCUGGCAUCAUUCUCAUUCCUCUUACAGGAAGAUUAGAAGCAAUAGAUCUAAUGUAAUCAUUAUCCCAAAGAGGGCUGUGGGGAAGUAAUUUUUCUUUUCUGAUACACCUUCACUUGUAACCCAAAGAAUGAUUGGUUUGAUUGCUAAUAUAUUUAAGAUAUUUUAAAGUAAAUUUUCAGACCCUAAAAAAAAAUCAUGUAUUAAUUAUGCCUUUGGAUGUUUUUCUUUUUCAUUUAUUAGCAUUUAGAAAUAUACAGAAAGAUCUAGUGUUAAAUUAGAAGCAAAAACAUUCACAAACUUUAACUUGUUAAGAGGGGUUUUGCUACCUAGCUAGUCUUAUUGGCCAGGGUUCCAUUAAAAGACAGGCUCGGUAUUUUGAGCCAUGUUGUAAUAAAUCUCGCAAAUAAUGGAGGGUACACAGUUCCCUAUAAAUCCUGUAGGGGAGCAAGAUUCACAGCUUUUAACACAUGCCAUUAUAGCACUUCAGAAGGUUAUCUCACCUUGAGGAUAAGUAAGUUAAAUAAAGCAAAGCCUUGUUAACAGCCAGCUGUGCUCAUUCUCUGGUUAGUAACUUUCUCCAACAAACCCUUUUUCCUGCAUUGAGAUUCAGGUUCCUACUUCCACCAAUAUUACAAAUUACCACAGGCCAUCAACUUUGGCAUUAUCACAAAUAAUAUUAAAAUUUCAAAUCACUGGUCUAUUUGACCAUAAAGAUAAGAUUACCAGUUGAACCUUUGUGUUCAUUUUAAGCUGAUUCAGAACCCAACAAAAAGUACAUAACCAUCGUUAAAUUUUUUUUCUUGCCCCUAGUAAAAAUGAACAUCUUUGGUCUUAGUAUUAAUUUUGUAUAUAAUUUAGUCAUGAUGGUACUUACAGAUGAAUUUCAGUUCCAGACUUAGCUAUACUCUAUAGGUUAAAAUUAUUUCAUGGUUGUAUUUCUGUUAAUAUACCAUUUCUGUAUGAAGAAUCCACCAAUAGCUGCUUGCUUUUGCUGAAUCAGUUUAGAAGGUAAUUUACCAAUCUAGUUUGAGCCGCAGCAUAUUGAAAAUAGGGAAACAAAUAGAUGAUGAUCUGGGGAUGUUUUUGAGGACUGUUACUGCUCACUUAAAGAAAAUUUUAAAUAUUUCUCCUAAUGUAAACAAAAUUAUGUAUAUAUAACCAAUGCGGCAUGCAUAGAAAAGGUACUGCAAAUUAUUUAAAAUGCUAUAAUAUUGUGGUGUAGCAGUAUGAGAAAAUGCCUGGCUAAAGAGGGUUUUUAAAAUAUGACUAAUAGUGUGGCUUAUUUGGUAUUUAUUUUACAGUCUUACUGGGUUUGUGAGCAGUAUAAAGACAACCAUCCCUUAAUUUUUUGUUGUGAAACAAACAUUUCUGUAAUGCAAUUUUAAAUGGUCUCUUGAACACACCUAUAGUAGUUGAUCGGAUGUAGUAUUUCCAUAGUGGGAAUUGGGCUUUUCUUAUUACCUGAAAUCAUAGCACGUUUUCAGCACUUUCAUGUACUCUGUAUAAUGGGGUGGAGGAAUACUUUUUUUCUACAAAGCUGAACUAUGUAGCAGUAUUUGAUAACAUCUGACAUGACCACAUCCGUCAUAAAAAUGUUUAAUUGUAAACACUUUGGCCAUAGUAGGCACUAAGAAUUAAAACUCUCAAAUUAUGAAACAAAAAUUAAUAGGCAGCAUCCUCUCUGUUUGGAAAGGGACCAGUAUUUAAUUAAUAUAAAAGUCAAUGCUUUGAGCCUAAGAAAAGUUUUUUUCACUACUAGUGGGUCCUUAAAGGUCCUAUCAGGGAGUUGAAAUUUCAUAUACUUUACCAAGUUAUUUAUAAAUAACUUUGUCUUUUUGAACAGCUGUAGAACAUUUAAAAUUCAUGGCAGAUGCAUUAUUACAAUUCAGCCAUUUGAUAACUGAAAGCAGAAACCUUAACAAGUUUUACCUAAUUCUUGCACUGAAUUUAAAUGAUAAUAUAAAUUUAAAUGUGCAUUUGAAACAUUUUAUUUCUCAGUUAUUGCUUAACAUAGGAGAACUAUGCUUAUUGUUAGAGAAAUGACCCACAAGAUUUAUUUCAGAUGUUAAGAGAGGUUAAGAAAGUAGAAGCACCUUACUGUUGGAGCAUGUUGCAUUUACUUAGUGCUACUGAAUAAUUCAGUAUUCAGUAGUUAUUUCUGAACUUUGCUGCAAAGUGCUCUUUAAUUAAAGCACAUAAAGAAGAGUCUCUGCUUAAUUGCUUUGUAAAAUGAAGCAAUGGUAUUUUUUAUCCUAUAAAUAUAGACUAAUUUAAAAUUUUUUCCUACAAAAUGAGUUUAUAUUGUUGCCUAAACUAUCAUGUAUGUAAACAGAGGUGUUUUUUUUUGUUUGUUUGUUUGUUUUAAGGUGAGAGUCUGGAUUUCCUUCCCCUCUCCCUUUUUCCCCCUCUUCGUGUGUGUGAGCGCGCACAUUUUAAAUUUUUGCCCAUUUAUUCAUUUCAAAAUGUGCUCAUUCUAAAUUUUUGUUUUGCCUUCAGUAAAUGUGCAACUUGAUAUUUGAUGAAUUUAACUGGCUGAAUUCCAAAUUUAUAAUAAAUGUUUCUCUCCUCCUUCAAACACAUGUAUUAUGCCACUGUAAGGUGCAUGUACAGAAAAUACCUCUGAGGUUGACAUAUUAAAUAUUUUAUCAAUGUUGUUUCACACUGAAUCUCAGUCAGACCUUAAUUUUGAAGGUAGGUUAUGAUAGUUUAGUUUGUUUUUAAGUCGAGUGUAACUGAGACUUAAUUUGGGGAUUUAAAAGUGGCUAGGAACCACCGUGGAAAGUGAGAUUUAGAUGUACACAGCAAGUAUGGGUAUUGGCUAUACAGUUUAAUUUUAACAAAGGAAGGUUGGGUUUGUUUAUAAUUUGCAAUUUCUAUGGUUAACAAUAAAGAAUGUAACAAGUUAUUUUAGCUUUUCCCAAUACUAACUAUGUUGGUUUUAAGAAGGCGCAAUCAAAGGUAGCAUUUUCUCUUCAUUUGUGAUCCAGGAAGGAUAGACAAUACAACCCAUACAGUGACCUCUGACUUUUCAUUUUGGACAGAAUCCCCAUUGUCUCAUUCAAUUCUCAUUGUACUGUAUGUCUUACUAAGUGUGAAACCAUAAUAUAUAGUUUAUGAAAAACUGAAAGCUAGUGAUAAUUUUGCAUGAAAAAGGCCCUUUAGGGCUAAUGAAACUGACAUGUUUUUUAGCCUUUCUGGUUAAAUGAAAAAUUUAAUGGCAAACCAAUUCACCAUUUACUAGCUUUGUGCAAUAUUAUAAAGGUAGAAACAAAAAAACACUAGCACAUUGUGCUUGGCUUUUAAGGACAGCUAAACACCAUUACAUUAAAUGGACAAUGUGUACAAUGUAUUGUAAAUGCCAACUUUUGCAAAUUUACAAUACUUAAAUAUGCUCAAUUAACAUUCUAAAGUAUUAAAAGUACAAAGAAAAAACUAAGCAUUUAUAGCAAUACUAUGAAAUCUCCAAUAAUUGUUUUGACUGUUGCCUUUUGCUCUGUAGUGCAAAUUUUCUGCAAUGUAAUUAUUGUUUUGCUUUGUACAUCAUGUUUUUUACACUCAUGACUUCAGAGUUAAGUUCUCGUACAUCAAAUAUUGCAGUCACCUUUCUCUUCUUAUACAUGCAAUGUAACAACAUACAGUUUUGGUGCUUAACAAUAUUCCUUUUUUUUCCUUAAUAAAAGAUAUUUAUUG